GUGAACUGAUGGUUCUCGUUGGCGGCGAGAUGCGCUGGUAUCAGCGGAGGGUCACGGUUCGAGGAGGACAGCUGAUCCUUGCAGGAUGUCCAGGAGAACUGUCCUCGGCAUUGCGCAUCCCGCUUAGGCAACUCAGUCUGCAGGCUGGACCUUUGCCAAACAGUUUGUCCCUUGUUAAAGGGAAAACCGUAUUGCUCACUUUACAGACUUCGAACGAGCGUUCUUUCGAUCUGUGGGUGAAGACUGUGGCCAUAGAGGUGAUCCGACAGACGCCCUUGGAGUCGGUCAGGUAUUUGGACAUUUUCACCUUAACGGAAAACUCGGAGAAGAGAAAGUCCAACCAUCCUCUGGAAUCGCCACCGCCAACUCCAAGUUGUAUAAUUUGUCCACCGCCGAACGAACCAUCGGACUGCAACAGAAACACAACAGUGAUUAACAGAAAUCUUUUGCAACCACCCAAUGCCAAACCUAGCCCAGCCGUUGACGUUCUCCUGCAAAGGUGUCAGAGCACCGAGAACUAUGUUCCCGUCAAGGAGAAGCUCGCACUGUUCGAGAGUCUGUGUCGGAUAGGGCGGGUCAACAGCACCGAGGAUGUCUCGUUCAAGGUGGACGUCGGCACCAAGAGGGCGCGAUCCAUGCACGACCUCACCUACUGCUUCUCCACCGCCGGCGUUCGGGAGAUGUGCAAGUACUUCGAGACGAAGUUGGACGAUGAGCCGGGGUGCGGCGGUCGCAAAAGGUUCAUCAACUCUGAUUCCAAUCUGAGCAAAGUCAAGUUCACGUUCAGCAGAACCCUUCAAGACGUCAGCUACGCGUGAUGCCCACUUGCCACCGCUUUCUUCCUUCGCCCUGUACAUAAAUAUCACAUCAGAGUAAUAUAUAUAUUUAGUAUUAACGUUUUUCCCUGUACAUAUAGACCACAACAAUUUGUAUAUUAUUUAUGUUUUCUGUGUCUUCUUAAUUUAGAGAUCUUUAGGUUCGUGAUAGAAUUGAUAUGCAUAUAUUUUAUUAUAUGAAGUUUAAAUUAUUUUAUCAAAAGCGAGAGAGAGAGAUAUUUGA